AUGACCCGGAACAGUUCAAACAAGAUCGUGCUCGUCACUGGAGCCAACCAAGGUCUAGGCCUCGCCAUCAUUGAAGUUGCCGGCAAACGUUAUCCCUCCAACAUGUACAUUCUCUGCGCGCGAGACAUCAAGAAGGGCCAGGAAGCGGUCCAGCAGCUCCGUGAGCGGGGAUGCAGCGCUGCCAUUGAUGUGGUGGAGCUGGACGUGACCAAUGACGAUCACAUUGCCGCCGCAGUCAAACAUGUAGACAUACAGUACGGACGACUUGAUGUCCUUAUCAACAACGCAGGUUUUGUCCGACUCGGCCAUCAGGACACAGAGCUCUCGGCCAUGCGUGCCACGUACAACGAGUACAUGAAUGUGCACAUUACAUCGGUGGCUGUGGUCACGCACGCAUUUACCCCACUGUUGCACAAGUCAGCCGCACCCAAGGUCAUCAAUGUCACAUCCGGACUGGGCAGCAUUACCAACGUCUUGUCGCCACGCAAGAUGGCGCGCGUUCCGCCGUACGGAGCCAGCAAGGUGGGGAUGAAUGGACUGACGGCGCACUUGCAGGUCAGUGAGAACGAGCGGGUAGCGACGGAUAGGACCGACACGCCACGCAUCCGCUUCUUUAUCUCGAAUCCGGGGUUGCUAAAGACGGCCUUCUCCAAUUACAUUUCGUGGGGGAAGGAGCCGCAGGCCGGCGCGGAGAGUAUCGUGCAGCUAUUGGGCGAUGAAGAAGGCAAAUUUGACCAUGCUAUGCAAUGGGAGCAUGAGGAGGGUGACAUGCGUGUCGUGCCGUGGUGA